AUGGCAAUCGGGUACAUUUCGGCCUUUUCAGAAACGUUGGCACUCGCAGUGAUCACGUCCAAGGGUAUUACACCAGUGAAGAGUGCACUGAUCUCCGAACCUGAAGACCAUAUUAAAGCUGCGAGUGCCUGGACAUUGGGCCAAAUUGGUCGCCACACACCUGAUCACUCGCGUGCAGUAGCCGAAGCGGACGUGCUUCGCCACCUACUAGCCUGCAUGAUCCACCCGAACAGCUCUGAUGACCUCAAGAUCAAGUCCAAGCGUGCAUUGAAAAGCAUCUUGGCCAAAUGUACGCAUUUGCAAGCUCUGCAGCCGUUGCUUCGCGACGCACCUGUGAAAGUACAAAAGUACAUUCUCAAGCAAUUCGCUCAAAUGUUGCCGCAUGAUCUUGACGCUCGACGAUCGUUUGUGCAGAAUGGAGGCUUGGAAUUGCUGCAACAGCUCAGUGAAGUUGCAGGUGGAAAGCUCACCGAGUACAUUCUCGAAAUCAACAACUGUUACCCACCGGAGAUCGUGGAGUACUAUUCACCACACUACUCCAAGACACUUCUUGACAAGCUCGACGACUAUCAGCCUCAGGUGCGGUAA